AUGGGAUAUUUGACGAGAAAACCAGCCGUUUGUUUGGUGGUGUCGGGACCAGGUCUUCUCCAUGCCAUUGGUGGUCUCGCCAACGCUACUGUGAAUUGCUGGCCAGUGAUCUGCAUCGGAGGUUCAUCUGACGUCGAUCAAGAAAACCGAGGAGCGUUCCAAGAAUGGCCACAAGUAGAAUCCGCACGUCUUUCUUGUAAGCACGUCAGUCGCCCGACUACGUUGCAAGCCAUUCCGCUCCAUGUUGAAAAGGCUGUCAGAGAAUGCAUGUAUGGUCGUCCUGGAGCAGUGUACCUCGACAUGCCUGGCAAUCUGGUUCUGUCCACAAUAGAAGAGGACGAAAUACCAAAAGUGGCCAAAGUGCCUCUGCCACCACCAGUCAGCGUUCCACCUGUGGAAGUUGUGCGAAGAGCCGUUGAAACCAUCAGACAGGCGCAAAGACCUCUUGUUAUUGUCGGUAAAGGUGCGGCAUGGUCGGAACGCGGUCCAACUAUGGUCCAACAGUUUCUCACAAAGAGUGGACUACCAUGGCUUGCAACUCCCGGUGGGAAAGGAGUUUGCUCCGAUGCGCAUCCACGAUCGGUGGCUCCUGCCCGCUCCUUUGCACUCCGCGAAGCUGACUGCAUCAUCUUGAUUGGUGCAAGAUUGAACUGGAUGCUCCAUUUUGGCCUUCCACCACGGCUCAACAAGGAUGUGAAAGUUGUACAGAUUGAUCUCUCUCCAGAAGAAUUUCAUCAAAAUUUGCCAACUACAGUACCUUUACUAGGAGAUAUUGGAGAGACGCUUAGCUCGAUGAUUGUGCAACUGGACGAAUGGCGCUAUCCACAGAAGGAGAAGUGGAUGACCGAUCUGUUAGCAAACGCUGACAAAAACAGGGCUGUCGUUGAGCAAAUGGCCAACGAUCAUUCGACUCCACUCAACUACUAUGCAGCUUAUACACCCAUUCGCGAAUUUCUCGCUAAAAAUGAUGUCAUUGUGGUAAAUGAAGGCGCAAACACAAUGGAUAUCGGAAGGACUAUGAUGCCGUCAACGUUGCCAAGAAGACGUUUGGAUGCUGGAACGUUUGGCACUAUGGGAGUGGGACAGGGCUAUGCGCUGGCUGCAGCACUAUACUGUCGAGAUCAUUCACCAACGACAAAAGUGCUAGUAGUUCAAGGCGAUAGUGCAUUUGGCUUCUCUGGCAUGGAGAUUGAGACUAUAGCUAGGUACAAACUCCCCGUGGUGACCGUAAUCCUCAACAACAGCGGAAUCUACCGUGGCAUGUUGCCAGAGGAUAUGAAUGCUGUCGAGGGCGAUCCGACAUUACUUUUCCCGGUGCUGUCACUCUCACCCGAAUGUCGUUACGAUGAAAUGUGCUGUGCGCUCGGUGGCGAUGGGUACUUGGUUAAAACUGUUCCAGAGAUCAAAGAAGCACUGCACAAGGCAAGAAAAAAACUGAAAACCUCUAAUUAUAAGUUUAGGCGUUCGAGAAGAAAAAUGGCCCAAGCCUCAUCAAUGUCAUCAUCUCGACGGAUUCUGAACGUAAAGCACAAGCACAUCCGUGGCUGA